GAGAGCAAUACGAAGAAAGAAGGGAGAACACGCGAAAGCAACACGAGAGAGACGAAGAUCGAGUUAGAUAGAGGUAGUGAGACGCACAGAGAAAGAAGGGGGAGGGUGGGACACACUGUGAGUCCUCGCGCUGGCGUCAGUUAUUCGGCUUGCCACUUGCUUGGCGGAUGUAGUGUGCUUACAUACUUUCCGACGUUUGCUACGGCGGGCCGUUGACACGCGAAAUUUUUAAACGUAUUCAAAAAAAUAUUUCACAACGUACGAUCUGUUACGCGAUACAGAAUAAAACUCUGGACAUCUAGUGCCAUAUCGCGUAAUACCCGUCCCCUUGAUGCCAUUUGGACGCUCGCAUUAUUUGGAUUAAGAUAAUGCAAUAGUAAAAGCCUUAAGUAGGGGUCUUUCUUAAGACAUGGUGGAUACAUGGCGAAACAUCUCGCAUUUCAUAUUGCGCCAUUAGAGACUGUCAACGAGAUAUUUCGCAUUUUCUACAUAUCAGUCAAGAAUAGUUAUAAAAUAGCUGGCUACUAGAUGUCUUGGCAAAGGAUCUACGUUACUGUGGGACUGUUUGUCGUUCUGCUGCUGCUGGCGAAUGCGGACAACAGCGUGCACAUCCUGUCAAAGUACCAAUUGAUCACCUCGACCACCCUUAACUGGCUUCCACGGGCUCACUAUGAUCCCUCAAAGGAAAUAGUCAUCGGUGGUUUCGAGAUCGAAGAAUCGGAAGACGACUCGUACAACAAUCAAGCGGAGAAAUCGGAAAGAAAGAGGCCCCUGUACGUAUGCAGGGCGUUGCACACGACCGUCUGGGUGGCUGGCAGUCAGAGGGGUGACGAGCAACGAUGCACCGUGACGAUUCACGAUAACGUGCAGUCAUACGAUAAAUACGAGCUGCUCGAGAAUGUGGACAAUGCGGCUCGCGUCAACUGGGAGUACUGGGACAAAUACAGGUCUACCCCGUUGGGUGCUGUGGCCAUGGAGAAGAUGUUCGUCGCCCGGCACGCCGCGGAAAAUGACAAAAACAAAACCACUACGGGUCUGAGGUACACCCAUUAUAUCGGCACCUUGACUACGCACAACAUUCUGGGGAGUAUCAGCUACGUCAAAGACGAUGGCACUGAAGGGACCGCAAGGCAUGGCGAUGUUCUCGUUGAGACGGAACCGAUCUACUAUGAUCUAACGAGGGUUAAAUUGAAUUGGCCUAAAAAGCGCGUGAUUAAACGUACACCCCGUGUGCUUGGCGAGGCGACGAUCACCAAUAAUGGACCGGAAGCUGCGAACAUGGCGCAAGCUUUCGCCUACACGUACAAGUAUUCCAUGUACUGGGGUCAAGGUCACGCCAUUCUGAAAGGCCUAAACACAUCAAUUACGCUAACGAACGGCACAGCUUUGCCAAAAAUAAUGUGGGGCACAAAGGAAACCACUAAUCCUACCGACGUGUACACGGUAGAAGUGUACCUCGAACCUGGUACAGGAGUGAACGUUACCCUAAGAGCUAAUUACACCGACAUGGAAGUACCUUACACUGGAACAUUAAUUUCCCAUUACGAGGAUGGAGAGACGAAGUCUCGUGUGAUAAACGGUAUACGCAUGGAGGAGACAAUGUUUGAUAUAAAACCCGAAUUUGGAUCUAUUUAUUUCCUCGGCAAUUACAGUCUAGUUCCUACGACUACUGUCCCAACGACUACGGAACCAAGCACUACUGCGAUUCCGCAGAACGUGAGCAAGGUCACUCGUCACGAUCAUGAUACGGAGAACGAGGAUCACGACGAGAACAUGAUAGUACCGCCGAAGAAAUCGGAUAUGUCCAAUAUGCAGAGCGAUGACGGCGGACCGCUGUCGCUGAAGAAUAAGGUAGAAGUGACGCACUCUGGAACUUCUCUACUUAGAUUAAAUGGAAUACUUGUAAUUUCGUUAACGUUUAUCGUCCAUAGAAUUACGUGAAAAGAUAUGAUUCUAAGAGAUCCUAUGUCCUAAGUUGCAAUAGUAAUAUAUUCGUAGAAAACAAUGUCCAGAGAUUACCAAAAAAGUAAAAAAAACAAAAAAAAAAUAGCGCAAAAAAAAAAUAGAUCAACCGAAAAUGAGAUGUUGCUGUAAUAUUUCGUACAUAUAGCGAGUAUGGAACGAAAUAAAAAGCUCCUUGGUUAAAUCGCUGAUCGUCAGACCGCGGUGCCAGUGCUGACAUAAUGCUUGCCUUUCGAAGAUAAAUAAAAAAAACUUCAUAUUUAAUAUAUAUAUAUAUAUAUAAAAAUAUAUAUAUAUACACAUUUAGGAUAGCAAAGAUGAAAGAGAAAUGGAUACCUUAACGAUGAGCUAGUCUCACGAAGAAUGUUAAGUACAAGCGAUCGCAGCCAACAUAUGGACAUGUUAACAUUCGUGGAUUGUUAGCAUUUACUUCUAUAUUGUUGAAUAACUGAUGAAUGUAAACUACGACAUUCCGUCUUUAAACUAAUCUCGCUGUGAAUCAAUUUCCCAGCUAAACUAUUUUAUGCCUUCGCAAAGUGUACAUUCUAGGAUCUUCUCUAGAAAAGACUUCGAAAAAGCUUUGAAUGAAAAAAAAGGAUGGUACCUUUCUUUGAGAAUCGUGUUCAAAGAGAAUUUAGAAUUACGACAGGUAUUAAUCUCGGGUGACCGGAAAUAUGACAAGUAAACGAGUGGAAAUUGAAAGAAAAAUAUGGAAGGACAAAGAUGCGCGAGUUAAUGCAGUUAUGAUAUAUAUUUUUGAGAUUGCAGUAUAAUUUUAGAAAAUUGUAAGAUUUAUAAAGGUGUAGUGAGUAAGAAUACGUAGAGUACAGGUGGAUGGGUACGUGUAUUUCCAACGCUAUUUUAGUAUCAUUUAUCUGACUGAUGUAAAGCUUUGAAAGAUCCUUAGAUAAAGUGAAAUGAUAGAAUUCGCUAUGUAAUAAUGAUAUUAAAAGAGUUGCACGCUAUUUAAGAAUGAGCAAUGAUGUGUAAAUUUC